AUGAUCCAUCUCCUACAGAUCCACGGUCACGUGUCAUUGUCACCGAUAUAUCUUCUUCAGACCCAAUGUCAAAUGUCAAUGUCACCGACACCUCCUACAGAUACCCUGCCAAGUGUCAAUGACACAGAUACCUCGCUUACAGACCAAAUGCCACAUGUCAAUGCUACCGACAUACCUCCUACAGACACCCUGUCAGGUGUCAAUGUCACCGACACAUCUCCUACAGACACACUGCUAAGUGUCAAUGCUACCGACACAUCUCCUACAGACACACUGUCAAGUGUCAAUGUCACCGACACAUCUCCCACAGACACACAGUCAAAUGUCAAUGUCACCGGUACAUCUCCUACAAGUCCGCUGCCAUAUACAUAUCUUACAGACCAAAUGCCAAGUGUCAAUGCUACCGACACAUCACCUACACUACCACUGCCAAAUGUCAAUGUCACCGGCACAUCUCCCAGAGACACACUGCCAAGUGUCAAUGCCACCGGCACAACUCCCAGACACACUACCAAGUGUCAAUGUCACCGACACUAUUCCUACAGACACACAGUCAAGUGUCAAUGUCACCGACACAUCUCCUACAAGUCCGCUGCCAAGUGUCCAAUGCGACGUGUUAGUGUUCGUGUUCCAUUUCCUACAGGUCGAACGUCAUAUGUCCUCACUGAUCCAUCUCUUACAGGUGCGAUAUCACGUGCCAUUGUUCCUGAUCGAUCUCCAACAUGUCCACCGUCCUGUGCCGUUGUAAAAGACCUAUCUCCUACAGGAUCCACUGUCACGUAUCAGCGUCACUUAUUCAUCUGCAAGUCCAUUGUCACGUGUCAUUAUCACUGA